CGGAGAGGUGUUUUUGCUGCGCCUGCGUGUUACGCCGCUUCCUGAGUGGUUGGCGGCUGCGGCCAUUUUGUGGAUUUCUGGUUCCUCCUCUUCCCCCACCCCCCCGCCUUCUCUCGGUCUUAGUCUUUUGCUUCUGCCGGGGGCCGGGACGUGAAACGAGGGGCCGCGGAGCUCUCGCGUUUCUUUACAAACCCCCUCAACACCCCACCCCUCCUUCCCGGUUGUCGGAGCCUACCGGUAGUCCCCUCCCCCCUCCGCGCGGUGUCCUGGGUCCGUCUGCGAGCGGCCCUCCUUCGCCGCGAUGGAAGACGACGGGCAGCCCAAGACACUGUGAGUGGGGUUGGGGUGGGUGGAUUGAGCACCUGGGCGCAGGUGGGCAGACCGGGGGCGAGCGGGGGGUGGGGGUGGAGGGCUCUGACAGGCGGGGACGUGCGCGGGGUGGCGCCUCUUGAGGGACCGAAGAGGGUCGAGGGGGAGGGGAGUCGUGGCAACGAGCGGGUCGGGGGGGGGAGGGAAUGGUAGGCAAUUACGAGGUGAUCGAGUAGAUCCCUUUAAUGGGGAAGGGGUUGGUAUGCCUCGGCCAAAGGGGGAUUUGGGGGUGGGGGGAAAAAGACAAGCAUGUUGUUGAGGGGAAAGACAGUUCAUUGGAGCCAGAGCUACAACCCAAAAUGGUUUUCUUUGCGACAUGCCAGGAAUUGUGGGGCUGGGGAUCCUUUCCCCACCUCGGGGAGGUUUUGGGAAACGUUUUCCGUUCUGUAGCUCCAUAACUCAUAGGCCCUUGGUCCCUUGUCAGGGAAACAUCAGUCCUACGUGGAUGUGGGUCCUGGGCCCUCCUGCCAAGGGGUCAAGCAUUCUCUUCUCGCCAAAAGGGAAUUAGGAGAGGAUGUAAUUCGGAACAGAGCAAAACCUCUCACUCUCCACGAGGCGCGGGGCUCUUCUGUGGGAUCCUGAACACUAGGGCUGUUGUAAUCGUGUCAACAGGCUGGGUUUAACAUAUGUUGAGUUUGGAGUUCUCUGAGGCAUGUGGGGGGUGGGAGGCUUGGGUCAGGGAGGCUUCCGUGUCGGAAAUCGUGGCCAGUAAAACAAGAAGGGGAGAAAGGUCAGUAGGUAGAGAGGUGUGGAUGAAGAUAUGGGUAAUCAGAUCCUCCGGAGACCUGAUGCAUAUAUUGGAGAAAACAUUGCGGGGGGCAGCAUUCUGAAUUCAAGAGAAUAAAGCUGAAUAGUCAAGUGAAAGGGAUGUCUUUAUGAUUCAAAAACCUGAGUGAGGGAUAAAAAAUUAUAUUCCAUGAAAUAUAAGGUUCUUUUUGUAUUCGUGAAACAGAGAGAAUGUGUCUUAUGAACCAUAUGCUCACUGUACUAGAAGGCAUAUUGCAAGCCAAACCCCUCUUUUCCUCCUUUUUGCAGAAUAAUUGUUCUAAACAAAAUGCUUGCUGUAUUUUGAUUGUGAUCAAGUAAAUGAUUUUUGUUUUAGCUCUCAUAUCCCACCUCUGAAGUGUGAGAGGAGAGAAAAAUGUGAUAACCAGGCAACAUUGGUAGUGGGGCUUCUUGAGCAAUCAGUGUAUAAAUGAGGUCACCACUACUUUGUCUAAUGCAUGUAAACAUGCUUAAAACAUUUUAAGAAACUACUGAUGAAGCAGAGGCCGUUUGUUCAGUGCUACUUAAAUUUUGAGGUAGUAAGCUCGGGAGCUAGCAAGUUUAGUGCUGUUAGCCAUGUUGGAAGCAUCAUGUUGUAGGGGAAGGAAGCAAGUAAAUGCAAAUAAGCAGACGUACAGUAUACAUAACUUGUAUCUGACUGUUGAACAUACUUGUGGAAAUAGAGAACAUUGUUGUUAUCCCCUAAUGUAAAAAAUUUAGUUGCUCUUGAAAAAAUGUUGGAUGCUUUAUGCAAUAAAAAUUGAAGAUAAUGGACAACCUUUUAUUUAUUUAUUUUUAAAAAUAUCACAAGAUCUCAGGGCAGUUCACAAGAUAAAAUACAAGAUAAAAUAAAAACCUAAUUUGUAAUCUUACUCUAAUCAUUUAGCAUUUUUCCCUCUAAUAUUUUAAAACAACUUUCUACCAUGGUCACUGGGAAAGUAUAUAUUUUUUAAAGUUUGGAGUUCCUCAGGAUUGUGAUUAUAUCUUACAUUGUACAAGUGUGUUUACAUGUUCAUCACUUCUGUCCUGGACCAUAUCCUUGAAAGUGGAAGACAGCUUUUGUAGUAUAUACCUAGCUCUCUUGUACUAUACUGAUUUUGAAGCUAGCUUCAAAAUGUUCUUUGUAAUUAAACAGAUUGUAGUUGGGAGUAUAAUCUUUCUGUACGGAAAUCAUGACUCAGCUCCUGUGGUUCAUUCAGAACAGUUUUUGCAUGUCUGUCUUCCCAUCCUUUUCCCAGUCCACAAAAGUGAAGAAGUCAAUCAAACAUUAUUUACUUGGCCACUUUGUCUCCACUCUGAUUGCAUGCUUGAAACCAACUCUGGUUACUCUGAAUCUUUAGGAAACUACGGUAUCUUAACUGACUUGAGAGCCUGAGUUCAGAAUGUCACUUUUGUGCAUAGUGGAAGAGAGAAAUGACAGGAUGUGCCAGGGUGGUGGGAUACUAAAUAUAACUAGCAUGCAGCUGACAAAUGUCCACUGCGUUAUCUUUUUUUUUUUUUAAGUUGAAUAAACAUUUGAAGUGUCAGUAUUAAAAGGUUUUGUAUGCUAGAGGAUUGUGUGCACACAUGCUUGUGAGACUAGAGCAUAACCAGAUGCUUGGUAUUUUUCUCUUCUUGGCUACAAGUUAAUCAAGUUUUUAUCAAUGAGAACAAGCAAGAAGUUUGGCAAAACUAAAUUUAUGUCAGAUUUUACCAAAUUUGCUUUGCAGGACUCCCAGUGAUAUAAUUGAUCCACCCACCCACCCGUGCAGGAGUAUUUCUAAUAGAUUGAAAAGCUGGAAAUCAGAGCUGGAAAAGUACCCAGAACCCAACUGCAGUUGGUGUUAUCUUCAUCCUUUGAACUUAUUUGAAUUUAAGUUUCACUGAAUUCAGUGGAAUUUACUUCUGAGUAAAGCAUUUGUAAACUGCGCAUUGUUAGAAAGCAUACAGAGGUACUUAUUCACUCUCCCCUCUUGUAGCUGCCAUACUUCUUGGAAACCUGGAUCAACACUAUAAAGUCUUACCAGUUUGCUCUGUUUUCUGUGCCAAAAGAAUAUGUGCACAGCUGCCAAAGUUUUGCACUGUUUCCUUUCUUAAGAAACUGGAGUACAACGCUAUGUUAGCUGCCUGCCUUUGGCUCACAUUCUGUCUUCUGGCCUUAAGUAGAGAGAAAACGUGCAGCCAUCCUUGUACUGUUUCACGGAACACUAUAAUGGCUACCAGUCCUAAUUCAACAGCCUUGCAGAAUUGUGAUAUAUAUAUAUAUAUAUAUAUAUAGCUGGUGUAUGCACUGUGUUCAAAUUCCAUUCUGCUAGAAAGUUAGGAUUUCCGUAUGUGAUAUAAGAGGGGGGGGAAAUGCAAUAUGAAUGAGUUCUUUUGCAUUUAAAAAUUGGCACAGUUUUUGUCAACUGCUCUGAAAGAAUUCAUGAACUAUAAUAGUUAUGCUCUGAGCUAUACUUUUGCAAGCCAUUAAUUUACUUUGCAAUGCUUGUAGACGAAUCAUUGAUCUUUUUUUGCCCUGUAAGGGAGAAUUUCCGAUGGAUCCAAAUUUCUGAGAAACAGGGCUGGAAAAAUAUCAAGCAUCUGGUUCUGUGGGUGCCUAAAAGAUUUAUGCCUGUGAAUGAUGUAUUGAAAUGUCUUGUCAUCUUUUAUAAAAAGUUAUUUAAAAUAGAAAACUGCCAUUUAAUAUUUGGUUGUCUUAGAGACAACAUUGUGCUUAGGACACUUCUGUGUAAAACUUACAAAGCUUGAAUGUCUUAGGGUCAGGUAAUCCAGAGUUCUUCAACCUCCGGUCUCCAGAUGUUGUUGGAUUACAAGUCCUAUUCUCCCCACCCAGCUUUGCUGAUGGUCAGGAAUGUUAGGAGCUGUAGUUGAGCAACAUCUGGGGACACAAGUUUAAAGAAAGGUGCAAUUCCUAACAAUCCUUCGUGACUACAUACAAGUCAUGGAGUCAGUUCCUAACAAUACUGGACCAAAAAGUUAAUAAACACUUUAAAUGUAGUGGCUCAUAUAACCUAGGCAGGGAUUUCUUGCCACAACAAGGGGCACACAAGGGUCCAAGAUGCAUAAUGUCAAAGGUGCCAGUAGAGAACAAGAAGUCAUUCAGUAAAUCAAAUAAAAGUAAGAUCUUUAAGAGCUGUCCAUUACAUGACAGCAGGAGGCAUGAAAGAGGUUCUAGGGCCAGGGUAGAUAACUUGUGGGCCCCCAGAUGUUGUUGGCCCGAUCCGCUCCAGCCAUCAUGGCAAAUUCAACAACAUCUAGGGAACCAUGGGCUAAUCACCCCCCUUCUUGGAGCUGGGAUAAUAUCAGCAUGACAUUGAGAUAGGAGCAGGUGAAUUCUUUUUUCUGUUUCCUAAUUUAGUUUUAAAAUUUAUUUUCAAUUUGUGUAAUUUCCCAUUGGUAAGAUAGUACUGACCAGGGUAGGCAGGAGGUGGAGUUACAUCUGCUGGUAGAUCUCUGGCUGAUUUGCAGUGGAUUGGCAAGGAUUUCUAGCUUUUCCGGGGUUUUUAACAAUAGCAACAACAAAAUGACCCCUCUUCUCUGUUGAAAUGAAAAAGGCCUUGGAUAACCAGAAGUCGAUUUUUAUUUUGAAGGAUUGUGAAUUAUGUCCCAUUCUAGUACUCAAAAGAAAUUACUGUACUCUGAAUUCUUUAAUUCUAAGUUAAUGAAUUUGAUCCAGACUAAAUUGGUUGACUUUAAGCUCCCAUAGCAAUAAUGUGAUUCCACUUAUUCGUGUUUCACUUGUCCCAUUGAUUUCCAUGGAACCUACUUUCAACUAAUUUACAAAGCAACUCAAACGUUUCGUUUGCUGGCCUGCAGUGAGUUUGAAUUAGGCAGAGAUGUCUUUCAUCUGAUUGAGCUGGUCCUCCAUUGAAUGAGUGGCUGGCUGGCUGGGAGGCCCACUGUCAGUACCUUUCACUGGCAUAAUGUUCUGUGGAUGGAGGUGGAGCCGAACUGACCCAGCACCCUGAGCCAGUCUCAUUGUCAUUUCAUAACCUCAUUGGACCACAUAACUACACUAGACUGGAGCAGGUGGAACGAUCAAUUUUGGAUCAUUCUGCCCACCUCCUUCCGCUGCAGCUGUCAUGAGUGACAGGGCUUUCAGGUGCAGCAGUAGCCCCACUGCUCUGUGAAGCCCUGUCAGCAGGGGGUGGGGGUUUGGAUUGUGCCCCUAGUCUGGAUCCUGGCAUAUGUUUUUUGAACCAGGUUCUGGUUGGUGUUCCCUGGGGUUCUAGUAAAAAACAAAAGCCUGGAAUCUGUCCAGAGUGCAGGCUUUCACUUUUAAGAUUUAUUAGCUGUUGUUAUACAUGGUAAACUUGUUCUUCAAAUGAAACAUUUCCUAAACUUAGUAAUUUUCACAUUGUUUACCAACAAAUUCUUGUUUGUUUUCUGAUGUAGAGGACACUGUAUUACACGAAUAAUCUAGGUUUCAUUUUGCUGGUUAUAAAUUGUAUACUUGUAUAACAAGUAACAUGUACUACUAGUACACAAGAUUUAUUAUGCCAGUUACAUAGAGGUAUGUAGGUACAACGUUUGAGCCUAACACUGUUCACUUCCAAGUGAGGUAACUGUGCAUAGAAUUGUAGCCUUAGUUAGUUAUGUAGUUUGAAUUAUUUUUCCCUUCUACUAGAUGGAGGAUGUAUAAAUGUUUUGUUUUACAUGCAGCAACAGUACCUAGUAUUGGAACCUAUAUAUGUCAGAAUAUAAACUACUCCUGUUAUCUAUCUAGGUUUCUAUACUAUGCCUGUCAAUGCAGCAUAAGUGAUGUCUCAUGAAUUAGGGAGACAGCCUAUAGAGGUAUAGUAUAUGCCUUUAUUUCAUUAUUUAUGGUUUUGCCAAGUUAAUUGUGUAUUCUUAUAGGAAAUGGCUUGAAAAAUAUUUAGUGUGCUUCAAAUAUUCUAUUACAGUGUUCCUUAAGAUUACAAUAUUCAUUCAGAAUAGACAUUUCACCAGUUGUUAAAUGUAUUCUUUAAAAAAAAAUAUUAAAAAAUCAAAACUGAUAUUGAGCUUCUAUAGGCUGGCUUCAUGUUACCAACUGUUUUUCUCAGUUGAAGGGAUUCAUUCAAAAGCCAAUAUGUGAUUCAUGGGUAAGGUUUGCAAAUUAGUCUGCAUUGAAUAGCCUCCUUACUUUUUCUGUUCAUUUUCCAUACGCCUUCCACUUUCUUGUGUGCGUGACUUUUUUUUAAAGUUUUCAAAAGUAUCAGAGAAGAUAUGUAAAUACUUCAUAUAUAUUGCUUUCCCUCCUAAAUGAUCAAAAUGUUUCUGCUAUUUCUCAGGGUACUUCAUAAGAAUGAUGGGAGCUGGUAUUACUGACCCUGUGUUACAAAUAGUGGCCAAUCUUGAGGGGGGACGGGCCCUCAGCUGAUUGUAAUUUGCUCAAGGCUGGUCACUGAAAUCAUAUUGUAAUUAUAUUUAAGUCAGUGGCAUUUAUCUUACAGAACAGUAACAGGGAAACAUUUGGCCCUCCAGAUACAACUCCCUUAACCCCUGGCCACUGGCUAUGCUUCCUGGGACUGAUGGGAGUUGUAGUGCAAUAACAUCUGAAGUGUCAAAGAUUUCUCACAUCUGUUAUAGAACUUCCUGUGGUGUUGCAAAGGAUAUUCAGCUAUUAUCACCUGCUGCAGACCUAAUUCAGAGGAUCUCUGAACUGUAGUUCAGUGCUUGAGAGUGGGCUUCCUUACCCAAUGUAGAGCACAUUUUCUAUUCCUGCUUUAAUUGAGGUUAAGAUAUAUUUGAAACCAGUGUUAACCACCUCAGUAGCAUUACCCACAGUUUUGCCAGGAUCCAUAAUCUCCUUUCAACUUCUAUUUGUGGUUAGCACUAACAAUAACUAGUGCUGAUGUAUGUUUUAAUGGCAAUUAAGUUGGGACACGGGUGGCGCUGUGGGUAAAACCUCAGUGCCUAGGACUUGCCGAUCGUAUGGUCGGCGGUUCGAAUCCCUGCGGCGGGGUGAGCUCCCGUCCUUCGGUCCCAGCUCCUGCCCACCUAGCAGUUCGAAAGCACCCCUAAAGUGCAAGUAGAUAAAUAGGUACCGCGUUAUAGCGGGAAGGUAAACGGCGUUUCCGUGUGCUGCGCUGGUGCUGGCUCGCCAGAGCAGCUUCGUCACGCUGGCCACGUGACCCGGAAGUGUCUCCGGACAGCGCUGGCCCCCGGCCUCUUAAGUGAGAUGGGCGCACAACCCUAGGGUCGGACACGACUGGCCCGUACGGGCAGGGGUACCUUUACCUUUACCUUAAGUUGGGUGUGAGUGGAAAGUUGCUCUAGAGAAGGGUAGAAGCCAACUCCUGAUCACCUAUCCUUGCCUAAGAGAUCCCCAGUGAUAUAUCUGCAGUAAUAUUCUGCAUUGCAUAUUAUGAUAUUGCUGCUUUAUAAGUAAAUUCAAAGUGGUAUUAAGAAAGCUAUUUGACUUAUUACUAUGGAUUUUUAUUAGGAGCAAUAGUAGCAUACAGGUAGCAUUAGAAUAAGCUUAUUUAGUGCUGCGUUAAUGACCAGUGGUUAUGGAAAAAAGCUUUUUUACCCUUGGGAAAUGGCAUGUGGCUUUUCAACCCUUGGCAGCAUUUCAUUUAUUAUUUCUUUACAUCACGCCUUUACUCAAAGGAGGUCAAGGCAGCAUACAUAGUUCCCACUCCCUGAAUCCUUUAGGUUGAUAUACGGUGACUUACCCAUAGUCACCCAUUGAGCUUCAUGGCUGCGUGGGGAUUUGAAUCUCUCUUUGAUCCUGUGUCAGUACUUAACCCAGCCUUCCCAAACCUUGGACCUUCGUGCUGUUGGACUCCCAACUGCCACCAUCUCUGUCCUUCGGCCAUGCUGGCUAGGGAUGAUGGAGAUUGUCAUCUAAUUUGGAUCCAAGACUGGGAAAGGCUGCUUCAACCACUCACUGCAUUAUACCACAUUGCCUCUCAAAUGAAGUUGAAAUUUAUUUUUAGAAACCUGUUUUAUUUUAGUAUAUGAAUUGCUUGAUUGUAAAUUGUCAGCCCUUUCCUGCUCUGAAAGUAUAGUUAUUUCUAACAGAAGUGAAGGAUUGUAUCCACCUAAGUCCUACUUAGAGCAGAUCUUAGUCACAACUAUAUUCAUUAUUUUCAAUGGGACUAUAUCCAGAUUUUUCUGAGUAAUGUUUACCCCUUGGAAGGCGCCCAUACAGAACCAGCACACGAUUUAAAUUUCCUUGGGUUAAAAAAAAAAACUUACAGACUCUGAUGCAUGCAAGGACUUUUUGAAAUGAAAAUGGCACUCCUGUGCAUGCACUAAUUUCUAUUUUAAAAUUCGUAUGCCAAACAUUUUGAAUUUUGGCCUUCAGAGGUCCAUUUGUUGGAUUCUGUGGAGGUAUCUUUUGAAAAAGAAACUCAGGAAAGUACCGGUAGCAUCCAUGACUCCUGCACAUGCCCAUCUCUGAAACUGUAGCCUAGUUUUCCUGUGCUCCACAAGAAUUAAGGCAGGCAUGGGAAACAUGUAUCUGGCCAGAUGUUACUCAGCCCUAGCUCACAACCUCUCUGGCCAUUGGCCAUACUGGCUGUGGUUGAUUGGAGUUGGAGUCCAUCAUCAUCUGGAGGGCCACAGGUUCCUCAACUCUGGGUUAGGGUUUAUCUAACAAAAAGCAACAUAACUGAUCAGCAUACUUGUGAUACUUCAAUGACAACAAUGUUAGUACUUACCAGUAUUUGAUGAAUACACAGUAGCGUUUUAAAAGCUGUGGACUACUUAAUAGUGUGUUCAUAAAGUUUAUUAACAGGUGCUAUAUUUUCUGCUUACACAAUUGAUAGCUGAUAUUUCAAUAAAUUGCACAGAUUAUCCUUUGAGAUGAAUGAUGGGAUUUACAUUACCUUUUCUUUUGUCUAUCUAGCUAUGUAGGAAAUCUUUCCAGAGAUGUGACUGAAGUACUUAUACUUCAGUUAUUCAGCCAAAUUGGACCCUGCAAAAGCUGUAAAAUGAUAACAGAGGUAAGACUCUUUCAGUCUAAUCUAUGUCAGUAUUGUUUCAUUUUAAAAUUCAAGUAAUUAUUGAUCCUGCUACCUAAAACAUUUCUAUUAGGGCUGCAGCAGUGAUUGAUUGAUUGAUUGAUUGAUUGAUUGAUUGAUUAAUUGAAUCAAAAAAUCUUUUGAAAUGUGCCUUUUAAACAUGCACUACAUCUUUAAAAUAUUAUUUUUUAAAUUUUUAGUACAUAAAGUGCAGAGGGAGGCACAAUCUUCCCUUUUCUCCUGCUCAGGAGGAAAUGCCUCUUUUAAAAUGGUGUCCAUUAUAUAGAUUAUCUAUAACUAUAUAGAUUAUUUAUAACUAUAUAGAUUAUCUAUAAACUAUAUAGGAUGUUCUUUCCUGUGAAACAAUUGUAUGCAAAUGAAUUCAUUUUUAAUCAAUUAAAACAUGCAGUUAAUAACUAAGAUUUCUUUAAUUGCAUAAUAUGAUACAGUUAUUGCUCUGACAGAAGGAACUUAAAGGAUUUAGGUAAAUGAUUCUCAGGUCUGGGGAAACAACAGAUGUAAGUUAUUGUAUGCAAUAAUAGUUGCAUCUGAAGUAUGUAUGCUAAACAUUUUUAUUUGAAAUACCGUAUUUUUCGCCCCAUAGGACGCACCUAGUUUUUUUUGGGGGGGGGGGGAUAAAGGGAAAAAAAUUUUAUUCCCCCCCAGGCGCGGGGGCUGCGCGAGGCUUGCGGACAUCUGCCCGAAGCAGGGGGCGGGCUCCGCAGCUCGCCCCAUGCUUCGGGCUGCAGGCUGCCGCCCCAAGCCUCGCGCGCCCGGCGGGACCUCCCGCCGGGCACGCGAGGCUUGCGGAUAGCUUCCUGAAGCCUGGAGAGUGAGAGGGGUCGGUGCGCACCGACCCCUCUCGCUCUCCAGGCUUCAGCGAAAGCCUGCAUUCGCCCCAUAGGACGCACACACAUUUCCCCUUCAUUUUUGGAGGGGAAAAAGUGCGUCCUAUAGGGCGAAAAAUACGGUACUUGAGAUACAUGAUAUCUCUUGUACCAUAUUGAUAAUCACUACUAUCCUUGUUUCAUCAGGAUAAUCAAAAUAUGUUCCAGUUAGAGUCAUAACUUCACAAACAAAGGCUGUAUAUUAAGCUUUGCCUGUUCUGGGAUUCAUUGUGUGACUCUGAGCAAGUUCAAGAUGUCUCUUCCCUGAGUGAUGCUGUAAAAAGAAUAGGUCCAGGAUUUUAAAGCAUUAUCAUGCAAACACCUAUAUAUAUCAUAUAUACAGUACAAUAUGCAUUGUUGGUCCUAGAUACUCUGCUGAUCUUUCUUGCUGCCUGCUGUGCCCCCACCCCAAUGCUUUUCACCACUGCUGGAUAUUUAUCUUGUUUCACUAAAAGGCCACUUGAAAAUAAAGAGGAAUCAAAGAAAAGAUAGGUGCUGCAUGCCAUUCCUAUUUUACACCCUCAUUUCUGGCUUUCAUAGCUUCGGGAAAAGACUGUGCUUUUGACAUGGCAACAUACCUUACAUUUUGAUGAAUCAUUUUAUUGUUUUCCCAAAUAACCCUUGCUAGAUUGUUUGCUUUUAAUAAGUACCUUGAAACUACGCUGGACAUAAUCCAGCAAAAAUUACUGAAAUCUCAUUGAAAAUAAUAAAGUGAAAAUUAGUCUUGAUCAACUUUUGCUAGUCCCAUUGUGUGUCUGGUUAUUCAGUGUCAGCUUACUCACUGCCAGUGAGUUUACUGUUCCCCAGCGUGGACAUUAUUUUUGAGCCCUACAUUUGUUGGAGUAGCCCCAAGCAGAAAUUUUGGAAUUACAUUCUUCUGUCUGUAUUCUAGUUGUCAAUUCCAGGGGCUGAGGUAUGACACAUUUCCUAUUGUUGGGGACAUCUCCAUUGACAAAACUCUCUGCAGGCAUGACAGGGAGUCUGCAGUGGUGCAAGGGCCAUACUGCUGGCAGUUGUCUCUCUUUUCUACAAUUUUACGUCUUCUGGUGGUGGCAGAUAUAUGAUGUGUGUGUGUGAAGUCCAUUUGACUUCCAAAACAUUCAAAAACCAAAUUGCGGCUUCUGAUUGGCUGCAGGAAUCAGAAGUCGUAGAAGCCCAACGGACGUUCAGGUUCCAAAAGAACGUUUGCAAACCAGAACAAUCACUUCCAGGUUUGCGGCGUUCAGGAAUCAAAACGUCCGAGUUCUAGGGGUUUCAGGAUCCAAGGUACAACUGUAUUUUACUAUGUUUUAUAUAUACUGUAAGCUGCCUAGAGUGGCUGGGUGGUGUUGUUGUGUUGGGUGUUGUUUUUGUUGUUGUCCCCCCCCCCCCAAUCUGCAGAUUGCUAAGUUAGUAUAUUUUGCUGUAAGACCCAAAAGUUCAAACUUCUAGCCUGUAUCUUGGUUCUGUUACCUUGUAAAAGUUGCAAAUAUUUGUUCAUCCACCCCAAAAAAUCUGGACCCUGGGAAUUAUCGGUGCUUGAGGUGCUACAUGUGCAUAACCAACUCUGUCUCUCUAGGUACAGGAAAUUGACCCCAGAUAUCAGGCAGAAUUUUUCCCUUCCAUAACUAUCAUGUCUGAGAAUUCAGUUUUUAAAGAUUAUGUGAAUGAAUGAGCAAACUGUAAAGGCUGCAUAGCCCAAUCUAGUAAAGGCAUUCUUUAUGCCAAAACAGACAUUUAUGCACAGGUUUUUUCUGGAUCUAGUCGUAAGUGUGCAAAAAUGUGAUAAACACUGUGUGCAUUCAGUGUCCUUCUGUUGGAUAGGUGCUGCAUUUUUGCCCACCACAUGGAUAGGUGGCUGUGUCAGUUUUGACAGCACUAAUGGCCUGUGACUGAUUCAGCUAUGCCUCCCUCCCCCUCAGCAGAUGAUCAAGAAUAUUUCUGCUAUCAGUACUAUCCAUUGGGAAGAGAAAUCAGUGUGUGCUGCUCUGGUCAUGCAGCACUGUUAUGUACUGCUGUCUAGUUCAGGGUCACAGCAGAAUGUUAUAUCUUAAACUGACAGUGUGAAACAAUGGACAACCAUUCUUAAGGUUACUUUAUAAGCGUGUGUAGUAAUACUUCCUUUUCUAGCUUUAAGUAAUAUAUUUUCCUGGAUUUUCUUCUCAGCAACCCGAUAGCAGAAGGGUCAACUCUUCUGUUGGAUUUUCUGUUUUGCAGCAUACAAGCAAUGACCCUUAUUGCUUUGUGGAAUUUUAUGAACACAGGGAUGCAGCUGCUGCAUUAGCUGCUAUGAAUGGGAGAAAAAUUUUGGGAAAGGUACGUUGCAAAAAAAAAAAAAAGAAAACAAAGAAUGACACAUAGUAAAUGAAUAGGUUAAUUUAUGAUCCAUGGCAAGCAUUUUUGACCAUGUUCUUACUUAGAAGUACCUUGAAAAUUAACGUUGGUUGCUGUUAUUAUUAGAAUAUGACUAUAUCUUGAUUGAAUUUAUGCAUCUAUUCUAAAAUUAUGUUUGUACUGAUAUUUUUCUUUUUUUCAGGAAGUAAAGGUUAACUGGGCAACAACACCAAGUAGCCAGAAAAAAGAUACAUCAAGUAAGUAAUGCUUGUAACAAUUCUACCAAAAUCAACUAUUAAAGUACAGUGGUACCUCUAGUUGCGGACACGAUCCGUUCCAGGGUGCUGUUGGCACCCCGAAAAGUCCACAACUAGAGUGGUGCUUCUGCGCAAGCACAGAGUGCGAUAGAGCGCUUUUGUGCCUGUGCAAAGCGCGCAGAACACUUCUGUGCACGCGCAGCAAAACCCGGAAGUAUACACUUCCGGGUUUGCCGCGUUCACAAGCUGAAAAGACGCAACAUGAACCUAACGCAACACGAGGUAUGACUGUAGAGCUGAGCUCAUGCACUUACUGCAAUUUGAUUUUGUAUAGUAGCUGAAUUACUUCGGUUUUAUAAUCUCCAUAGAUACUCUUUGGCUGAACAAGUUUAAUUACUGGUUAAAUGCAGAUGUGACUUGGAAAUUUAAACACAAGAUUGUUUGAAUUGCACCCCUUUCUACACUGAGAACUAAAGUGCUGGUUAAGAGAAAUAUAUUUAAUUGGUUUUUGCUUUCCUCCAGAUCACUUCCAUGUGUUUGUGGGAGAUUUAAGUCCAGAAAUAACAACAGAAGACAUCAAGUCAGCAUUUGCUCCUUUUGGUAAAAUAUCGUAAGUAUCCUAGUUUGUAUCUUAAUUCACUAAUACAGAACAAGUCAUAAUACAUGAUUGUAUUUUCUUCUUCAAGUUAAAUGUCUUUCACUUUGCUCGGAUUGUUUCUUUAAAGUCUUCUUGAUAAUGGGCAGUGGGUGGGGUACAGUGAUCUUGUGGGUUUCUUUGCAUUCAGUUAUCCCCCCACAAAAAUUAACAAGGUCUCUGCAUCAAAUCAAUUGAAAGCUGCAUGCUUUUAACACCUGGUAUGUUUGGUGGUGAAUGGGUUACAUUGCUGGCAAGAAAACUGUGUUUUGGUUCUUGGAAUUUACAUAAAGUUGUGUGUUAGAUACAUCAAGGUUUCUUACUCAUCUGAUAAUUUUGUAGAUAGUGUUGAACUGCAGGCAAGUUAUAUAAGGUAGUGUAGAAAGCAUUAAAAUCUAGUGUACAUUUAUCAUUUUGACAAGUAGUGGUGUUAUAUUUAGAGUUCAUGCAUUUGGAAAUUAAACCAAACCUUUUGGUAAGUUUAGCAGCUUUCGUUUGUAGUGGCGCACAAGUGUGCCCUUCUAAAACAACCUUUUAUUUUUAGACAGUAGAAAUUGGGAAUAGAUUUCCAAAUAACUAUAGUUUUUUAAUUGAACAUUUUAAACAUUGCAAGCGUACCUGUUAAGUGCUAUAGCAUGUCUGUCUCUUUUGUUGCAUAAUCUAGUUUCUUCAGAGGUUUUCUUCUAUUGUUUUCUUUGUCCUUUUAACAACACCAAAACAAAACUUGAACAUCUUGUGUUACUUUACAGGAAUAUAUUUCUGCUUAAAAAAACAAUCUUUUCUAUAUACAAUCUGUACAUAUUUUCAAUUGAAACGUAAAUCUUAUUUUGUCUAUUUUGUUUACUUUGCUUUUUAUCUCAAUGUGGUAAGUAGUACUGUUUGCGAGCAAAUAUAAAAAAGGUUGAAUACAGGUUGCUAUUUCUCAAUCUUUAUUUAUACCUGAGACCUGCAGUUUUUCUUAAGUCCAAGUCACAAUUAAAAGUAAUAGCAUUCUGAUUAUUUUGCAGAAUUGCUCAUAAGAAUGGACAGGAUCUUGAAGCUAACUGCAAGGAACUGUGCACACUGGAACUCAGUUGUAGAUUUUUUUCUCAUUUCUAUUUAUUCUUAUUAUACAUUAUUUAUAUAUACAUAUCUUAGUAUUUACAUUUUAACAUUCUAUAUUCAGUGCAGUUCUAUAUUUCCAAUCAUUUUAACUUACUCACUAAAAUUUAUGUGUAAAAUUUGUUGUUUUCGUACUGGUGUGCUUAGCAUUGUUGUUAGUUUUAUUCUCCUUUCUUAAAUUUCUGAAAAUGUCAAUUUUUCAAAAUUUACAGCUGCCCAAACUCCAAAAUGAUGGUAGAGAAUUGACCAAGAAAAAUAAAGAAAUCUGUUAACAGGCCAUGUAUGCCUUUUAAUUCCUAUUUUUUUCCUCUUUUUCAAUUUUUUAAUAUUUCAUAUUUUAUAUCACUAGGCAGAGGGCAUUUAUUUAGAAAAUGCAUGGUAAAAAUAGUUAGAAAUGUUAGAGUAAUUUAUAGAACAGUGAAGAGGACCCUAGCAGAUAGAGUAUUAGAAAAGGAAACUUUGUUCCUUUUUUAAAAUUUCAAAUCUGAACAUAGUUGUAGAAAGUGCAGGUUAUAUGGAUAGGUUGCAUGUUUAUUACAUGUUAUUUUUUGUCCUACUGCUUUUUUUCUAACAGGCAAAGAAGCAAUAGGGAGAGUUUAGGAAUGGUUAUAGUUAUAGGGGUUAUUGAGUUUAUAAUAGGGAAAAUUAUGCUCACAAUACAGUGUGUGUGGUUCCUUUUAGUUUUUAUUUUGAAAAUAUUUAAUGUUUUCCUCAUAUAACUGUGCUUCUCUUCCCAGGGAUGCACGGGUAGUUAAAGAUAUGGCAACAGGAAAAUCUAAAGGAUAUGGCUUUGUAUCGUUUUAUAAUAAAUUGGUAAGCAAUCAGAAACUUUGCCACUUGUUGACACUGAAUGUGUUUGAGGUAUUAAUAUAAAAAGGCAUGUGAAGGGCAGCUUUCCAAAUCCUUUAAUUCUAGUACAGUGGUACCUCUGGUUGCGGACGGGAUCCAUUCCGGAGCUCCAGUCGGAUCCCGAGGUUUCUGCAACCGGAGGUGCAUGUUCUGCGCACAAACGCAGUGUGAUAAAGCGCUACUGUGCAUGUGUGUGGGGAGAAACCCAGAAAUAUACUUCCGGGUUUGCUGUGUGUGUAUCCUGGAGGAUACGUAACAAGAGGGGCACGUAAGUAGAGGUACCACUGUACAGAGACAUGGCCCAACUUCCUUCUGCUAUAAGGAAUACUGUUCUGUGGAGGCAGAAAUGCUCCUUUUCAUGAGUGGAAUUUAUGUUUGCUUGGACCUGUGUGCCCAAUUUGAAUGCUCUGUCUAUUAAGGAAGCAAUUUAGCAAUUCUGAUACCCUUAUCAGUGAAAGAGACCGAAGCAUCUCUCCAUUGGUAUCUAGUGAUUUUUAAAAGUGUGCUAAGUAGCAACAGAGCACCCCUGUACAAUACUUUUUCAGUAAUCAGAGCUUCUUGGACUACGUAUGUACAAAGUUUCAGAUUUGCAGGUGUUUUGGUUCUGAAAGCAGAAUCUGUUUUGCUUUGUCAGGAUGCAGAAAAUGCAAUUGUGCAUAUGGGUGGCCAGUGGUUAGGAGGUCGACAAAUCAGAACUAACUGGGCAACACGGAAACCGCCUGCCCCUAAAAGUACACAAGAAAGUAAGUGAAUAAAAGGAGGUCAGCUGGGGUGUAUUGGUAAAUGUGAAUCAUUUCAUUGUUAUGAAAUGGAAAGAUAACUGAAAAGCAAUUAUUUAAAGUGUCAUUUGUCUUUCAGAUAGCACAAAACAACUGAGAUUUGAAGAUGUAGUAAAUCAGUCAAGCCCUAAAAACUGUACAGUCUACUGCGGAGGAAUUGCCUCUGGAUUAACAGGUAGGGAUUGCAUUUCUCUUUAUAAUACAUUUAUUGAAGGCAUUAAUCAUAAAAAUUACUAACAGAAAAUGUUACUACCUUUAGAUCAGUUGAUGAGACAGACAUUUUCACCUUUUGGACAGAUUAUGGAAACAAGAGCUUUUCCAGGAAAAGGCUACUCAUUUGUGAGGUAGGGCUAUUAUUACUAUUUAUUUGUGUCUUAAAGUAGCAAGUUAUUUACAGAAUAAAACAUGAAAAUGUUAUCCAAAAUCUACUGUCCUUAAAGAGAAAGGAAGAAUUGAACCUUUAAAAGAAGACGUGGAGUUGCAUUUAGAAGUAACUUGUUUUUGUCAAAAGAAGUGAUAACAUGUUGAAUGGUGUGGGUGGUGCUCUCCAUGUAUUUUUUUAGAGUUUAGGGCAUCUAUGUUGGAGUUUCUUGAACAGUUAAAUCACUAAGUCCCUGAAUGCUGAGGAUUCAGGUUCUGCCUUAUCUGCCAUUGGACUUUUAUUUUCUGUUGAAAUUUAAGUUUGUAAGUUCAUCUGGAAAGGGGCAUGCCUGAUUUAUUUGUGUUUGUUUUAUAAAGCACAAUGUACAUUGAUGCUGUAUUAAUAGCUAUCAUUUUUGCAAGCAAAGAAGUUUCUUCUUCUUAUGUCAUUCUCUGCACUUUCAUGCAGCAAAAUACAGAGCAGCUUUUGCCGGCCUGGUGUCCAUAUAGUUUGGGCCACAGCUCAGCUGGAAUUUAUGGGUUGGGAGCUGUUGUCUGAAACAUGUGGUGGGCACCUGGUUGGGGAAUGCUUCUGUAGACAAUAGUAUAUGUUAACUGCACCAUUUUUGUACAUAUGUUGGUAAAAUCUGACUUCAUGUUUUGUUUCAUAGGUUUUCAACUCAUGAAAGUGCAGCACAUGCCAUUGUUUCAGUAAAUGGAACUACAAUUGAAGGCCAUGUUGUUAAAUGCUAUUGGGGUAAAGAAUCGCCAGAUAUAAGUAAAAACUUCCAGCAGGUAAUUGGAUUGUUUGUAUAGUGUUUCCUACAGCCUCUGUAUGUAUCUCUCUAAGUGAUUGAAGUUAGUGCAUGAAAUCUAGAGGUGACUGCACCAUUGGCAAACUGUCCUAUCGAAGUGGAAGGUUGCAGUCAACCUGCCCCACAGUGUGUGUACUUUGCCCAGUUUGCUGAAUGUGUAUAUAGGUCUUAAAUUACUUGCCAAUAAAUUGCUAAUUUUAGUUGAUGGAGUCUGUGUCUAUUUAUAUACUCAGUGUGCACUCUGUUGCUUCAAGUUUAUUUAAAUCUUAAUCUUUUUUUAAUCCCUAGGUGGAUUACAGUCAGUGGGGACAUUGGAGUCAAGUGUAUGGGAAUCCACAGCAGUAUGGACAGUAUGUGGCCAAUGGGUGGCAGGUGCCAUCUUAUGGAAUGUAUGGACAAGCGUGGAAUCAACAGGGAUUUGGUGUGGAGUAAGUAAUUCGUUUCACUAAAAUUACUGCUGGCAGACACUUUUCUAAGACAGUUUAAACUCUGAUCUGGAAUCUUUGCCUGUGCCUUACUUAGCAUCACUUUUGUUCUUGGUUAAGGAAAUCUACUGUCUCUAACUCACCUCUCAUACUUUAUAUUAAUGCUAAUUUUCAACCUUGAUGAAAUGGGGGACAUGAGGGUGAUGUGUUUGUCUUCAGUACUAACUACUGUUCUAUGUAAAUCAGCAGUUGUGAGCCUUGGUUUCACACACCCUGCAAUUUUCAUUUCAAAAAUGAACUUUGGUUUGCUCAAACUAUAGUUUGUCUAUGGACCGGGAGGUAGGAAGAGAGCUCAACGAACCUGACACUCACUGUUUUUUAUUUGCUGUCAUUAGGUCUGAAUGUAUGCAUAGUAAGAAAGUCAGUAUUUUUAAAUGUAAUUAUUUACAAAGAGAAACAGUAUUGAUUUAACCAAAAUAUCUUUUGAAUUCCCAAGUCAUGUUACAACAUUUUAGCAUCUCUCAGUUCUGGAAUUUGAUAGUUGCAAAAUACAACAUGCCCGAUUUCCCCCAGUAAAUAAUUCAUUCCUUUUUCUUUUCUUUUCUUAUUUUAAAAUCAAGUCAAACACCAUCUGCAGCCUGGAUGAGUGGAUUUGGUGCCCAGCCUGCCCAGGGACAAGCAGCUCCUGUAAUACCCAAUCAGGCUGGAUAUGGUAUGGCAAGUUACCAAACACAGUGAGCUGGGACUCUGUUUAGAAGUGUGAUUUCAAGAUAGGUUUCAAUUUCCAGUGAUUAUUCUGAAGCCUGGAAUAUAGACAUUGGCAGGGGGAGGGAGGAGAGAGAAUAUUUAUUUUGAAAAUUUAAAAUGUUUGGAACCUUUAGCACAGCAUUUGCUUUGGUGAAGGACACAAAUGUCUUCUAGUUAUGCCUUUUUAAGUUUUGUGUUCAUGAUGGAUAUGAACAUGUUUUCUUUAUGUACAAAAUUUAAAAUAAAGUCAAUAAAGACAGUUCUGACUACAAAUGUUGGUAUGUUAGGAAGAAAUAUUUAACAACCUGAUUCUUAGAUUACCAUUCCAUUUUUUUUGUCUUCAGUGUUUUACAUCACAGAUUUUAAGAAAAAUGACAUUAAAGAUGCUUUUAGUUGAACAGUAAAUCCUGACGUUUUGGCUGUGGACCAAACAUUACAUCAAAGAAGACAGUGUUUUCUUCAUUAACCACAAAGCCAUCAUUCAGAAGACAUACUCAUGGAAAUAGCAUUUUUUCCACAAAUUAUUUUUUUCCAUAUGUUUGAAGAAACUGAAGUCUGGUAUAAAUAUUUCAGUCUUUGCUGAAAAACAGUGCUAUCUGCAAUACUUGAGCAAACACUUGUUAACCACAUUCAGGAGCAUAUUAAAUCUUUCCAGAUCUUGUUUGCUUGAAGUGAAAAAAAUUGCAUUUGAUUUUGGGGAAGCAGUUUUUUCCAAAGUAUGGUGCUUAAGCAGUCAUACUUGUACUUUUACAUAAAAGUUUGUACCUAACUGCAAUGUUGCAAAAGCAUGCUCAGAGAUAGAAGUAGCAAUGUAAUUAUUCAAAAUAAUAGUUAAUAUGCUCUGCUGCUAUAUUUGCAGUAGAUUGUCAAGAAUGUGAAAGACUGAUACUUCCAAAGUUGGCUACUAUGUAAAGUGACAUAACUAUACAAAGAGCCUUAAUUCUUCAAUACCUUUUGUCACUAGAAACCUGAAUUAUUUUGCUUUCUGUUACUCAGUAUGUAAAUAUUUUGGUUGACAACCUUGUAUACCUACUUGACGGUUCCUAUAAGUUGUAUAGUAACGGAGUGUUAAAAAAAAAAUGGGGAUGUUUUUUAAAUCUAGAAAUAUUUAGCCCAAGAAUUUUUUUAACCAGAUUGUUAAAAUACCUUAUUUUAGAAAUUCCUCAAUGUGCCAUUUGGUUAACAGAAAUGCAGUUGAAACAAGUAUACUGAGCUGUGGCUUAUUCUUAGUUAAAAUGUUUUGGGGGUUUUUUUGUUUUUGUUUUUUUGUAUUUUGGGGUGGCUUGCAUGUGACAAACCUGUACAGAGGCUGGGUCGUUUGUGCACCGAGUAUUACUGGGAUAAAUCAUGAAGUUGUUCAAAAGGUAUACUUGGGUUAUUUCUCACUUAUUUUGUGGAUACACUGACACAACUGCCUCAAUAAAUUUUGAGUUGAAAACGAAUGUAAGUUAGAUACAAUAACUGUGUGUUUUACCUACUACAGCUAGGGGGUGCAGAUGUUUCAUCUCUGAAUGCACUGAAGCACUCCACUUGGAUAAAUAGUCCGCUCCAAUGAAUAAACAAAAUAGACUUGCGUUUCAGUAGACACCAAUUCUAGAAAAAUACUAAUCCUGAAUAAGAAGUGGAUGUGACAAAAGUCCCACAUUACAGAUUUAGAGCAAUUUGAAAAUGCUUCGUGUGUUCUCUGAGACUGUUAAGUGUUUUCUUCUUCUGGGCAAACCAAUCGUCUUGUGACUUGGAUAACACUGAAUAGGAGACUUUCUGCAGCUCAAGCAGUGGCUCUUCUAAAUUAUUUCAAGGGGUGUCAGCAUUAGCAGCAGGGAAAUUCUAAACCCUGUGCUUUAUCUGAAAUAUUCUUCAGGUGUUCUGAAUUUCUGAAUUGUGUUAAAAUUGGGAAGAUAGGGCACAAACUCUAUUGUUACAGACUACAAAAUCUAAGAAGAGAGAAUUGCUUUUUUAAAAAAAUGCUACUCCUGCUAAAUAACAUUUUGUUCGUCAUUGAAUCCAUGCUGUACGUGGACCGGCAACUGCUUCCCAAAGGAAUUUUAUCCUCUGGUUCUGUUUUACAACAUGAAUGUAACAGUAAUCAGAAAAGUAAUGAAAUAUAAUGUCUUUCAGGAGCGAUGCAUGUUACAUAAAUGUGUUUCCCAAGUCUGUAUUUGGUUUCAAUAGUAUACCUCACUUGGUCUUAUCUUAAGGGCCUUACUGUGCAGUUUUUAGCAAGUGCAUGAAUUGAAGAUGCAGAAACCACUAAAAGUAAAAGUUCUAGAUUAACAUACCAAGGUGGAACAGUUUUUUUAUAGGAAACUUUUUUUCCUUCAAAACUAAAUCAUUUUCAGUUUUACUCCAGCCACAAGAUACUUCAAGGGGUUUUUUAGGCCAGAGAGAUGUAAUUUGUGAGUUUUCUUCUUUGACCACUAAUGGUUGCAUUCUUAAAUAUUUCACCAGCACAGCUGAGUGGGUUUUUUUUGCACUCAAAAGUUUUGAUGCUACAUUAUACUAUAUUGGAAUCUAACCUGCAGAGAUCAACCACUGCCCACCUCAUACCACUGGGAUGUGGAAUCCUGAUGAAAGGAGCACGAUGCUAUCCCACAUGCAUGCAGUGACCUGAGCCAAGGUUUUUAAUCAACAUCCUUCAACAAUUUUUCAAUAAAGCAAAAUCUGAUUUAUUCUGCAUUAUGUUUUCCCUGUAACAGUGUAGCCUGUACAGAACCGCUUUCCAGUGUAUUGGGAGUCUACAUAUAUUUUUAGUAGCAUUCUUAGUGUUUGCGCCUAAUAUGAAUGUAAUCAAUAUGUUCCGCUGGAGUACUAGUUAGACAGAAUGGAAGUGUUUCGUUUUUUCUUUGAAUAGAACAAUUGUUUUUCAUCCUGUCCCUCUUCUGAUGUUUAGACUACUGUUACUAUCAUCCUUGGCCAUUGGUCAUGCUGGCUAGGGCUGAUGUAAGUUGUAGUCCAACCCACAUGUAUAGGGCAACACAGGAUCUCUAUCCCUGCUUUAGCCUAAGAUAAGAGCCUUGUUCAAGAGAUAGAAUCUAAGCUGCACGUUUAACCUGAUUCUUGAGGUAGGGCUUGCAUGCAUACCAUGGGAGGAAUUCAAGGUCUUGCCAUGUCGGAUCGCUCAGCAAAAGGCUAUCUGAUACAGAAGGUAGGUUAUGUUUGUAGGCCUUAGCACAGAAUGAAAAAAAAAUCUUAAAUGUAUCUUCAUAGAUACAGGAGAACAUCUAAAACUUCUGAAUUGUGGUACUUAACACCACUCAGCUGAUAAGUCUGUUAAAGUAUUCUAGUACAUUAAUGUUUGUGCCUACAUUAAAUGUUCAUAGUUCC